GCCCGCACUCGCCUGGAGAUCUGAGGAGUGUCUUUCAACUGACAUGAUUGUAAAAGUUAUUUUCAAAGAUAUUAAAUGAAACUUUUCUACUUCAAAGCCACUGUCCAGAGUCGCCAUUGUCAACAAGUUGGUGUGGACUUUUUACUUUAUGAUAUACACACAGACGUUAUGGUGAGGAGACUCCUCCGUGAAGCCUGUGGUCUGAAGUAAGAGACCUAAACUCUGCACGAUUCUGGCCCCAAAUCUGGCCCACCCCGUGGACUCCUGCCUCUCACCUGCCAGGACUGCUCUCAAUGGAGCUGCCUGAUGCGGAUCAAGCCUCUUCCUGGGAGGAGGACCGCAAGUUUGUCCUGCGGGGCUGGUGUCUUGUCUUCAACAUCCUGGCGACCCUGAUGCUGCUCAGCGUGUUGGAUGGGCGGAUGGCCUACCUGCAGGGCUCCUACACUGGCUACCUGGGCCUCUGGACCAGCUGCGGGAAGCACAAGUGCGCCAGCCUGGGCCAAGUCACCGUUCUCAUCCACAUGAGCACGGGCUUCAUGAUCCUGGCCCUGAUCCUGUGUCUGGUCCUCCUCCCGGCCAUGGGCUUCUCCUUCCGGCCAGUGUUCCGCCGCCUUAACAAGGCGGACCUGAUCUUCAGUUCCCUCAGCUUGUGCAUCGGUAAGUGUUUCCCUGGGGCACGGGGUGCCCUCCCUACCUCAGCAUCUCUCCCCUCUCCUCUUUCUGGCUCUGUGUGUCUCAGAGUUUCUGUCCUGCUGGGUGUCUGUCUUUGGAUGCCUCUUGGGCUCUCCGUCCCACCCUCCCUGUGUGUUCCUCAGUUCUAUAUCCUUCUCAGUCGGGGUGAGUGUGCCGGGCCUCUCACUCUCUUCCUGGUUCCCACUCUUUCUUUCCGCCCCCUCCUGGUAUCUUUCUGUCUGUCUUGUGUGUGCGUUUGCGCGCGCGCGCCCUUGUCACGGAGGGUGGGAGAGGAUGUGUCUCUUUUCUCUUUCUGGGGGCCUCGGGGUCCCUGUCCAGCCUCGUGUCCGUCUCUGGCCCCACCCCCAGUGCAGGGCUCCUGGUUGUCCUCAGCCUGACGCUCUUUGUAGCCAACUGCGAGACGCUCCAACCGAGGCCACAGGUAUCCUACCUGGUGACCACCUACCUGUGCUGGGGCGCCGGCGCCGUGACGCUGGGGGCCGGAACCCUGAGCUACUUAAACUACGUGGGCAUGUGGGGCAAAAGGGGGCCCUCCUUGGAGCAGCGGCUGAACCACCGGCGGUGCGUCUCGCAGCAGAGCACCCUGAAGUUCAUGUCCGAACAGCAGCGGUCAGACCCAGACUCGAAGAGCACCGAGGAAGAGCCCAGUUCACUUCCUCCCCAAGAACCCCCGUCUAAGCCUCUCUAAGCAAUUGCACCCGAGCUUCUCAGGACACUGACGCCUCACCGCCGCCAGGUGCCGGGCCCACCCAUUUCACCUUGGCCACGCGCCCGAGACUAGACUUCCCUGGAGGUCCCACUCCCUAAGAACCCCCCGAGAACAGGUG